GGGACAUUGGACUCUGGACGAUCGAAAAAAAGUUCCUCGUCCUCUUCCAUUCGUCAAUGUUCGUCAUGAUGGCCUCAGGAGCCGCAGCAGCGCGCAGCACUGGCGUCCUCUUUGCCCUCAAUUCAUCAAAUACCUACAAUGCACGAUGGACUCGAGAACAACCACUUUCAAUACAGCUAAUCCACAAAGCUCAUUCUUCUUUUUCUUCCCCACUUUACCUCACCCACUGUUAUCCCGAUGAAAAACCAGGCAGCCAUCAGUCCACCUCCGAACAAUCUUCAGAUCAAGAUAGUACUUCUAUUGCAUAUCCCAAUUCUCAGAAACCCUUCAAAGCAUCUGGCAAAGAGCUUCCGCUGUCUCCCUCUUCUUUCUCCCGCGGUCUCGUGUUUGACCUAGGUCUCAACCAGUCAUGGGACGGCCAUGAUGUCGGAUCACCAGUCGUCAAGCGCUAUGUCAGUGACGAAAAGGAACGCUGGUUCAUGUGGUACCAUGGCGAUGACGCCAUCGGGCUAGCACUAUCUAACAAUGGAAUCCACUGGGAGAGGGGGACCGGCGCUGUCGAAUCCGCCGCCGACGCUGGCGAGGUCAUGCGCCGGAGCACCGAUUGGUGGGCGUUCGAUACGCAUUCCGUUCGACCCUCUGAUGUUCUCAUCAUGUCGAGCUCCAAGCUCAGAGCUUCCAACGCCGUUUACUGGCUCUACUACACCGGGUUCGGGCCCGAAAAGUCGCUUCCAGGUCUAGCGAUGAGCCAGGACGGGCGCCACUGGGCAAGGAUCGAAGGAGAGCACCAUAGUGGCGCGCUAUUGGAUGUCGGAGCCGCUGGUCAGUGGGAUUCAGCCUUUAUAGCGUCGCCCAAGGUUGUCUACCACGGUAGGAAUGAUUUUAGAAUGUACUAUCACUCGCUUGAUGAACAAUCAGGGGAGUAUGCGAUCGGCGUUGCGAGGUCAAGAGAUGGGAUGAAGUGGGUGAAGCUUGGGAAGGUUUUGGCGGGCAGUGGAGUUGCUGGAAGUUUUGAUGAGGCUGGUGUUCUGCACGGGCACGUGGUGAGGGAUAAAGAAGGUGGCGGGUACUUGAUGGCAUAUGAAGGAGUGGCGAUUGAUGGGCGUAGGAGUAUUGGGAUGGUGGCAUCCGGCGAUGGGUUGAAUGGUUGGCGGCGGUGCAGUGGGAAGAUGGUAUUGAUGCCUGAUAUGGAUGGGUGGGACUGUGAAGGGGUAGGAGAGCCCUACUUGGUGCCAAUGGAUGAACAAGAGGGGUCGAGGCUUUAUUACAGGGGAGUUGGGAGUAGUGAGAGGGCUGGAAUUGGGUUGGCUGUUUGUCAAACUAAACGAAUGAGCAAAUUUGAUAGAUGGUCAGGGUUUCAGUUAUGAUUGAGAUCAAACAGUUCAUUUUCAUCUUUCCAUAUAGAAGAGUAAUAUGAUUUUUUAGUUAUGUAAUGGUAUGAACGGCCUCUCUUUCUUUUUAGUGGUGUUUCUAUUUUUUUAUUAACUUACGCAUGUAUAUUCUAAAAUGUAUUACUAUCAUUAUCUCAUUAUUAGGAGAUAGUCUCUCAUCAUUUAUUUAUUUUAAUACCUCCAUUCUUCAAUGUAUAUAUAUAGAUAUAGCUUGUAUUUAGUUUUAUAGAUAGAUUACAGAAUAUGGAGAUUCAAUUUCUUUACCAUUCUCCUUCUUUCCUAACUCAGUUGCUGAGCGAGGUCCUUUCUAAUCUUGCUUCUGCUGAAGUCUGUCUUCCUCUACAGUCACAUGCCUUGCCACUCUUCUUUCAUACCUCCGCAGAAACCAUUUCAUUUACCCUACAGUUCUCACCUGCAUUGCCUAUUGAGUUCCCCCAUAUUGCCGCCGCCGCUCACUACAAUCACCUAUUAACUUCAAACCUUUAGUUAUCACAACUACUUGUUGCUGUUGCCACUACUUUCUCUCAAUUAGACCAAACAAAUAGAAAUUUGUUAUCACUUCAUUUGAGAUCAUGUAGCUUGAGUUAUAUAAUUUGUUAGCACAUAUUAUCUUCACACCAAUAUUUUCACGAAUCCCUUAGUUGAGGAUUGAUUUUGUUCACUUGGAUGUCAUUUAGGUAUCUUUUGAUCGUGAAUAUUAUUGAACAAAAUCUCCUUAAAGAUGUCAUUAAAUUAUAGAUGCCAAAAGAAAAAAAAAAGGACUUAAUGGGCACCUGUAAAUCCUGUUGUAUGAAUUUGUUGUUUUACAUGAGGGAUACAGUGUUGUAUUGCAGAUGAAGCUGACUAUGAAAAUGGAUGAUUUUGGUAGUUUUAUGAUUCCCUGCAAAAUUGGAAGUGAGCAUUUCGAAAAUGCGCUUUGUUAUUUUGGUGCGAUUAUACAUUUGAUGUCAUUAUCUAUUUACGAGUAACUGAGAUAUGUGGAACCUACCACAAUAUCAUUGCAGCUAGCUGAUAUUUAAAUGAAGUACCUUGAGGGAAUUGUGGAAGAUGUACUGAUUAAGGUCGACAAGUUUAUAUUCCCACCAAACUUCAUUGUUUUAGACUUGGACGACGGAGAUCCCAAGUGCUGGCUUAUUUUGGGUCGAUUGUUACUCGCAACAUUGAGAGCUCAAGCAGACAUUUUGAUGGGACUAUUACAACUGAGAGCACAAGUAGAAAAAUUGGUAUUCAAAGUUUAUGAAGAUGCAAACAAAACAACAAAUGAAGAACUACCAUUGCGCAUUCACUAAAAAGUCAGAGGUCCGUCCUUUGAUGUUCAGGAUUCAGAUAGAUACAAUCUGUUUCAAAUGCUAUGAUUUUCAAGAAGAUGAUGUUGGAUAGUUCAGCUACCUCAGGACCCUCGUUAUUAUGCUCUAUUGGCUACUACAGCAUAUAAAUAAAAAAAUGCAUUUACACAUUUUUAACAGCAUUGUUCUGCAACUUGUUCAUGCCAAUUUAGAUGUGGUUAACAUGUCUUGUCUUUGCAUCCAUUCCCUUUUGAUACAUAGAAAUGCAACAUUCCAUCUUUUGAUGAACUUGAAAAUCAAUUUUUUAUUUUCUUCACAUUUGUUGAAGAGCCUUGAGUACGAUCAUCAUGCAGGAUCUGGGGUGGAAUCAGUCUUUAGGGGCAAACUUAAAAGUAAAAGGUGUAGAGAUUUUUUUUCAUAUAAUGUAAAACAAUAUGACGGAGGAGCACCCCUGUGGGGGUUUUCGGGGGUAGCGCUCCCAGAACAAAUUUUGGUUGUAAAGAUAUUUUCGGUUUCUUUUUA